AUGGUAAAGAUUCUUUCUUCUGGAACCAACUCCUCGAGUCCAGCCCCUCUUUCCUCCAUAAUCUCGACCUCCCUAGAGGCAUUCAAUUCACCGAAGAUCGCCACAGUAACUACAAACAUGUCUUCAGCUGAUUCUUGUCUGAAUGAAACAGACAGACGGGCAGAGGCGGCUGCUGCAUUGCUGCACCAGCAUCUGCAAGGUGAAGUCUUCGCCACCGCAUACCCCUACGCCUCAACAGCGAAGCAAACCAUCUCUUCUACGACUGCUGUGCUCACAGCCACCCCCAGCCCACCGGCAGCUCAAGCUGGCACUCUUGCAAAUCCCAGCCCCGAUACCAGUCCUUCGGCUACAAAGACUAAGCGUUCCGGCCACCGACCAGCUCGAGAAGAUGACUUCAGAAUGGAUGAAGGAAAGAAAGCAAACAACUGGAAUGGUACUAGUCGUAUGGUAAAUACCAAAACCACUGACAGAGAUAAAGUCAAAAGGAAUGGGGCAAUCAAACUGAAAGCCAGCCAACUGGCUUCCGGUAGUCCUAUCAACCCGAGAAAAUUGACGGCCAGUUGGCGACAACACAAACACUACCGACAAAAAGAACACAGUCUGCUUCGCCCAAAAGCGCCCAGUCUCUUUUCACGAAAGCCAAUUCAUUUUGGAGUGGAUGUUAGGCAAAACCCGACCCGGAUUAACAGCAGCGUGAGGUUUCUACCCACCUCAAGCUCCAGAGGUCUAACUUCGUCACAAGCCUGCUUCUCGACGGCAGACGUUGACAGGAUAGUUGACUUUGAGGCGAGACUGCACGAUGGGGAAGAGGAGGAGGAGGAUGAUGAGGAGGAGGAAGAGGACGAGGAAGAAGAGGAGGAAGAUGAAGAAGAGGAUGAAGAAGAGGAAGAGGGUAAAACGACCACUUCUGUCAACAUUCUGGCGGAUACGCUCAAUGAACAACUCCGAGGCUCCUUACAAAAUAAAGAAUCAUUGCACAAAGCUGGUAUUCAACUGUGGAGAAAACAACACAAUCAAAACGAGCUGGAGGAUGGCAAGGUCAUAUUGGGUGUAUGCAGCCCAGAAAAAGUACCAAUUAAUAGGAAAGGUUAG